GGCAUGGGCUGCAGAAAUUUCAGAAACGUGGUGGAAGACCAAUAUGUCUGCAAAACGCAUGAGAUUCAACAGCUUUCGGCCCAACUAAGCUUGUCCCCGGGCUGAGGUCACAGCGGGGGGUCACAAACAAACAAUUACUCGCAAAUUGUGCCACAGGUUCCGUGGUUCCCGAGACGGCCGACUUUGAAAUGGACCAGAGGAAAUGUUUUGACACGGAUGAGGAAAAGAAGGGGUCAAGGUGCAUUAGUAAUGCAGUGUAUCAGUUUAUAUCCUUUUGUUUGCGUGUGUGUAGGUACCUAUCUAGGUAUGCAAGGAACGCCUCGAUUCGUCUGACCCCCUUUGCAUCAUCGUCAACCUCGCCUCACUCCCUCUCAAGAAGCCGCCUUUUUUUCCAAGGUUACAGUACUAGUUAGCUAGGGCGUCUUAUGCGACAUGGCCGAUUUAUCGUCGAAGUCGGAUAAUGAGAAGCCCUCCCAGAGCGACGCGUCUCUGGAGGUAGUGCGAGCGAACGAAGUCCCGCGCAGCGAACACCAUGAUGAAACGACAAAAGAUACCCCGCAGGCCUCGCUGCCGAGCUCGGACGCAAACAUCGCGGAGGACGAAUCCCAAUAUCCCAGCGGGCUCAGGCUGUGGCUUGUCAUCCUUUCGUUAUGCCUUUGCAUCUUCCUCAUCGCCCUCGACCAAACAAUCAUCGCGCCAGCUCUCGGGGCUAUCACCGCCGAGUUCAACUCGACCAAGGACAUCGGCUGGUACGGCGCGUCAUAUCUCCUGACGACAACAGCGAUGCAGCCCAUAUACGGUGUCGUCUACCGCCUAUUCGACGUCAAGCUUACCUAUCUCGGCGCCGUCGGUCUGUUCGAGCUCGGGAGCUUGGUCACGGCCGUCGCGCCGACCUCGACAGCUUUCAUUGUUGGACGCGCCGUUGCCGGCCUGGGCACCGCCGGUAUCUUCUCUGGCUCGUUUGUUAUUGUGGGAUACAUAAUGCCGCUCCGACGGCGGCCAGCCACGUUCGGCCUGUUCGGUGCUUUGUGGGGGAUCUCCUCAGUUGCCGGACCGCUGCUCGGGGGCGUCUUUGCUGAUCAGAUCACCUGGAGAUGGUGUUUCUACAUUAACCUGCCGCUGGGUGGUGCCGCUGUGGCGGCGGUCAUUGUGUUCCUGCGCGGCGUUUCGAGCGGCAAUGACCCAAAUCGCAAGUCUUUCUUUGCUCGGAUUCUACAGCUUGACCUGGUCGGGGCUGUUAUUCUGGUCCCGUCCAUCAUCCUGCUUCUUGUUGCCCUCCAGUGGGGAGGGGUGGUGUACCCAUGGAGUGAAGGCAGGGUCAUCGCCUUGUUAGUCGUGGCUGGUGUUGGCGCCAUUGCUUUCGUCGGCGUGGAGAUUUGGCAGGAGGACAAGGGUCUCCUUCCUCCCAGGUUCUUUAAGAACCGCAACGUCUUUGCUGCCAUGAUGUUCGCCCUGUUCUUCGGCGCUUCGUUCUACCCCAUGGUCUACUAUCUCUCGCUGUACUUCCAAGCGGUACAAGGGGACAGCGCGAUACAAGCCGGGAUCAAAAUCCUCCCCUUCCUCAUCGCUAUGGUCAUCAGCUCGGUUGGGAGCGGUUUCUUGGUCACUGCCAUCGGCUACUACAAUCACAUCAUCCUCUUCGAAACGGCGCUUCUCACAGCGGGUGCCGCGCUUAUCGCGACGUUUUGGCUCGGCACCCCGUUGAGCAAGUGGUUUCCCUCCCAGGUGCUCAUGGGUCUGGGCACCGGCAUCUGCUUCCAGGCCCCUAUCAUCGCGGUGCAAAACGUGCUGCCGCCCCAUCUCAUUCCGCAGGCCACGGCUUGCACACAGUUUUUCCAGGCACUUGGUGGCUCAGUGUUUCUCGCCGUGGGACAGACGGUCUUCCAAAAUGGACUAAUUGCCAACAUGGCACGCGAUGCGAAGGGUAUCGAUCCUGCUGAGAUCCUCAACAGUGGCGCCUCGCAGAUCCACCAGCUCGUGGGGGAAACCAUGGGCCGUGAGGAUCUAGUGGACGUCGUCCUGGGGGCUUAUGUCUUGGGUCUCCGAAACUCGUACUACAUCAGCGUCGCAACUGCAGCUUGUGCUUUCCUGGUUUCUUGGGCGCUCGAGUGGAAGAGAAUACAGGGUUCGGGCGAGAAAACGGAGGAGGUUACUAGCGUGGAGUAAACGAUAAAUAUGGAUGGAUGUUGGACAGACCGGAACAAGCUUUGUGGGAAGGGGAACGGACAGUGUAUAGCGUUUAGUCCGGUGCGUCUCUUAUAAAUGACACUCUGAAUUUAAGUAGGUACCUAGGUUCGUUCCCAAGACGCAUGUCCCCGCGGGGGGUAGGCAAGUCCAGUUCCACAAAAGAGAUGAACCAAGUGCCGUGUACGGGCUUGAUCAUAGCCAGUCUGAACUGACGAAAGACCACAGGAUGGUUUGGGGUUACCGUUGCACACAUUCCGGCGCCUGAUCAGCGUGCCGAGUCAAG